AUGGCUCUGUUCUUCAGGGCCGGGCUAAGCCUCUGCCUCCUCUCCCUCCUCCUCCCCCAGCUGCUGAGGCCUCAGCGAUCUGUUCUCGAGGAACUUUCAGCCCCCCUGGAACUCUCACAGCCACUGCCCGACCUGCUGGAUGACUAUGGGAUCCAACCCAAGCACCCAAGGCCUCGAGGGCCCCGGCCCCUCCUCCCCCGGGCCCAGCAGCGCAAGCGGGAUGGACCAGACAUGGCUGAGUAUUACUUCGACACACGCCGGUGA